AUGUCACUCAGCACAUUACCACACGAGCUGCUCUUCGAAAUCGUGGAGCGGCUGCCACGGUCAUCUUUAAACGCCCUCAUCCGGACCAGUCGGCAAUUGUACGCCCUUCUCAACACUACUCUGUACUCUAAUGACGUCCGGCAUGAUAAUUGCUCAGCCUUGUUUUGGGCUGCAAAGACUGGGAUUUGCAGUACCGCUCAGCUCGUUAUCGAUGAAGGUGCAGACUUGCAAGUCAUAUUUGAGGAAGAACAAGACACCAGAGUGGGUUUAUCGUUGCUGAAGACACAAGAAAACCUCGUCAGGUCUACAAAAUGGAGCAAGAGGCUCAACUCUAGUCCCAGGAUGACUUUUCAGACUUGUGGCGAGACGCCUCUGCAUAGAGCUGCUAUGCUAAAUCAUGAAGCGGUUGUCCGCUGUCUCCUCGACAACGGAGCUGACAUGUUGGCCAUUAACCUGGGGGGCUACUAUCCUAUCCAGCUUGCAGCUAAGGCUGGUCACGAAGCUGUUGUUUCGCAGUUUCUAGAGAAAGGGUUCAAGCCGGAUGAGAUGAGCUGGGGGUACGGCGAACCAACAGCCCUCCACAGCGCGCUGGACGGUGGUCAUUCUGCCGUCGUGAAAAUUCUACUUGAGCACGGAGCCAGUCCAAACUCCAAGGCAAGUUGGCCUCCAUGUUGUUUAGCUCCUCUGCAAGCAGCUAUUCGGCUUGGUCGGUUUGGAGAAGAGGAAUCAGCAUUGCUUCUGAUCGAGAACGGAGCCCAACUUACCACACUGCAUGGGGAGUCGAAAUAUCUGAUACAGGCAGUAGAGGCAGGAUGGGUUAAGGUGGUGCAGGCACUACUGGAUUUCGGUUGUGACCCAGAUGAUUGUCUAAAUGGUCGAACUGCACUGGAUUACGCAAAAAGACACAGGUACAAAGAGAUGAUUCGUAUUCUGGAAUCUGUCACCACUCCAACCGCAAAGAGAAAGCGGACUGCAACCGCACAGAGAAAGCGGACUCGAACUGCAAAGAGAAAGCGGACUCGAACUGCAAAGAGACAGCCUACUCCAACCGCAAAGAGACAGCGGAAGAGCCACAAGAUCAGCAAAUGA